CCGCAGACACUCUACCAGAAGCUUUCCGAGUCGUCCCACCCGGUCGCCUUGCUGUCCUUCCUGCUGCUCCGGCUGACGCCGAUCGCCAUCUACCUCUUCGGAAUGCUCUUCACGUCGAACUACAUCCUGCUCUUUAUCACCGUCAUCCUCCUUCUUGCGGCAGACUUCUGGAACGUGAAAAACAUCUCGGGCAGGCUCCUCGUGGGCUUGCGCUGGUGGAACGAGUCCAACGAGCUGGGCCAGUCCAUCUGGGUGUUCGAGAACGCCGACCCGGCCAGAUACAUCAACCCCAUUGACUCCAAGGUCUUCUGGGCCCUCAUGUACGUUGUCCCGGCCGUGUGGACCGUCCUCGCCGUCUUCGCCGUCCUGAAGCUCGAGCUCCUCUCCCUCAUAUUGGUCAUCGUCUCCAUCUCGCUCUCCCUCACAAACACCAUGGCUUACACCAAGUGCGACAAGUUCGGCAAGGCAAACAACAUCGCCAACGAGAUGCUCUCCUCCGUCGGCGGAUCCCUGUUCAGCCGGCUCAACUUCUUCUCC